GUACAUUUAUAAUGUCUCAGUUCUUCCUGUCGAGUGUCGCGCAUUUAUUAGAAUGGCUACUUCCAGUGUUUAUUUUUUGUUUUUGUUCUUAUACACCGUUAAUGGAUACGUGACUGUGAAUAUCUAUGAAGAUGCAGAUGAUAAUAUUAAGAAGGAAGUUGAUGCCUGCAACCCAGCGACUUGUAUGCAACUUUGUCAGAGGAUGGGAUACACCAGUGGAGAGUGUAUUGACGACAGAUGUCAAUGCGAUAAACUUCUUGCUGACUAUGAUUUAAAUGAACAAACAGCGUUACGCGGCUGCGACUAUAGAGCGUGCGACCAAACUUGCCGGCGGCUUGGCUUCCCUGGAGGGGUUUGCGUGGGUGACAAAUGCAAAUGCGAUAAUUUCCUCAGCCAUGAAAUUAGUAAAGAUACAGAUAAACCUGAAAUAAAUAGUGAUAUACAUGGCUGUAACUCCCAAGAAUGUGAUCAACUAUGUCGUCGCUUUGGAUACCCGGGAGGGAUGUGUGUGGAAGACAAAUGCAAAUGUGGCAAUGUCUUUACUGAAGCUGUUGAUGAUGUUCACCAAUCUAAGAUUCGAAGUUGCAACUACCAGGAAUGUAAUCAAAGAUGUCGCCGGCUUGGAUUCCCUGGGGGCGUGUGUGUGAACAAUAAAUGCAAAUGUGACAAUUUCGCCUUUGAUGAAGAUACUGAUGAUAAUAAUGAAUCUGGCGAGUUAAUAACCUGUAUCUACAAAGAAUGUGACCAGAGAUGUAGAAUGCUCGGCUUUCCGGGUGGUGCGUGUGUUGGCGAUAAGUGCAAAUGUGAUAUAUUAUAUCAGACUGAAGCACCUGAAAUAACUGAUUCAGCUAAAAUCAAUAGUGAAUAUAGCAGUUGUAAUUACCGAGAGUGCGACAGAAGAUGCCGCCGUCUCAAAUUUCCCGGAGGAGCUUGUGUGAAUAACAGAUGCAAAUGCGACAAUUUCCGACUAAGCGUUGAUGAUACGACAUCAAGCGCGAUGGACAACACUCUUGAAGCCAUGAAAUGUAAUUCAACUAUGUGUCAAACAACAUGCAAAUACGAGGGGCUGACCAGUGGUUUAUGUAUAGAGAACGAAUGCUACUGUGAUAUGGAAGAUGUAGAAGAAAAACCUUCCCUUCGAACCUGUGACGUAAUUGCGUGUAAUAUCAUGUGCCAGAGCCUCAAUUACAUCGGCGGCAUGUGCCAGGGUGACGGCUGCAUGUGUUAUUAAUUCCUUACUUUCCAACAUAAAUAAUUCUAAAUUGAAAUCUGUUUUACGAAGACUUUUUCUAUCAUCAUGUUGAACAAAUCAAUCAAUGUAUUAUGUACAUAUCAAUUGUUAAAUUCGUUAUACCUACCUAGUUUUAAUUUAAUAAUAGAAAUAAAUUGAAAUAUAAUAUAAUUAUACAUAUAUA